GUAUAUAUAUAUAUAUAUAUCGAUUUGAUUAAAUAAGCCAAAUAUAACGUUUAGUAGAAUCCGACUAUAUGUAAAUGUAAAUGUAUUCGAAACUUUUUCGUCUUCAAGUAGGCGGCCAACACGCCCCCUUUUCAUUUUACAAUAUAAAUUGUUAAUCAUAUUUGUUUUAGCUAAAUUCUCGUGUGUCCUGUUAUUUUCUUAAUAAUAUUCGAAAAAUGCAUUUGAAACCGAUUUGCGAAGCAUUUACAGAUACGCCAGUUCGCAUUGAUAUUGAGAAACUUGCUGCGGAAUUUAAGCCAAAGCAUAAGGAGAAAGAUGUAGAGAAAUCGGCAGUUCCUCGAGAUUUCCUCAAUAAACCGGAUACAAAUUGGGCUGUGUUGCCCAUGUUCAAAUAUCACUUGGAUCAUCUGAAGCCAUCUCUAUCGUGUCGCACCAAUCCCUAUAUGCGUUGUCGUUAUAGAAAAUUUCUGAACAAUGUGCCGGAUAAUUAUGUUGACAUUUUUGUAUUUGGAUCGAAAGACAACAAUCAGCCAAAACCGAGAAGGAAAUCUUUAAAUGGUCAAUUCUAUGGUGUGGACUAUAAGCUGGCGCCAAUACCUGUCUCGGCCGAUCCGCGUAAUUAUGCCGGAUCGAGAUCGAAAAAUUCGAAACCAAUUCCUAAAUAAA